AAUGCUUGACUUUAACAGCGGGCAGCUAAUAAUAUGAUGAUGAACGGCACUGAGAUGCCAUCAGAGCUGCUGGAUGUGCCAAAGCAGAUGAACAUCAGUGGCACCCAGACGUCACACAGCCUCCCAGUUUGGGCAGUUGUCCACACUGCCACCUUGACUUUUUGCUCCCUCCUCCUGGUCUUCAUCUUCUGCUUGGGCUCGUACGGGAACCUCGUGGUGUUCCUGUCCUUCUUCGACCCAGCCUUCCGCAAGUUCCGCACCAACUUUGACUUCAUGAUCCUCAACUUGUCCUUCUGCGAUUUGUUUAUUUGCUGUGUGACGGCCCCCAUGUUCGCGUUGGUGCUUUACCUGGAUGCGGGUGGCGUGGACGGCGUGUCCAAGAGCUUUUGCUUCGCCUUCCACCUGACCGGCUCGGGCUUCAUCAUCAUGUCACUGGAGACGGUGGCAGUCAUCGCCCUGCACCGCCUGCGCAUGGUCCUGGGCCAGCAGCCAAACCACACCGCCUCCUUUCCCUGCACGCUGGCCCUUACCGCCCUUCUGUGGACGUCCAGCUUCACCGUGGCGGCCCUCCUCACCAUGCGGGCGUUCCCGCGCCGGGACGGACCCUGCUUGCCCCACUUUGGUCUAGCAGGUGGGCGGGCCAGGUUGGUGCUCUACGCCUACCUCGCUGACUUUGCUUUUUGCGUGGCUGUGGUGUCCGUGUCUUAUCUGAUGAUCGCGCAGACCUUGAGAAAGAACGCGCAAGUGAGGAAGUGUCCCAUUAUUACCGUGGCAGCCAACUGCACCCCACCCCCUCCACCUCUGGCAGCCGCGGGCUUCGAGGGGGUGCCGUGCAGUCCCGAGGGCCCCUUGUACCAUAAUCAGAUGUAUAACAGAUUACAGAAUGUUCAGACGCACUCUUACACAAACAGGACCCAGCAAAUGGUCGUCCCGGGGGCAGCCCAAGGAGCCACCUGUUGCCAGCUGGUCUCCACGGUCAACUUGGCCACCACCAAGGACUCCAAAGCUGUCGUCACCUGUGUCGUCAUCGUGUUCUCGGUGCUGCUUUGCUGCCUGCCAAUGGGGAUCUCCUUGGCGCAAGACGUUCUGUCUCCAGAGAGCAGCUUCGCACAUUACCAGUUUGAGCUGUGCAGCUUCGUCCUCAUCUUCCUCAAGUCGGGCAUCAAUCCCUUCAUGUACUCGCGUAACAGUGCUGGCCUGCGCCGCCGUGUGCUCUGCUGUAUGCACUGGGCUGCAUUGGGACUGCUGUGCUGUCAGCACAAGACCCGCUUGCACGCCAUGGGCAAGGGCACCCUGGAAGUCAACCGGAAUAAAUCCUCGCACCACGAGACCAACUCGGCGUACAUGCUCUCACCAAAGGCUCAAAGGAGGCUGGUGGACCAGGCCUGCGGGCCGAGUCAGUCCAGAGAUUGCGCCGGGAGUCCCAGGGGCGCACGGAGGGGUCGCCCUGCCAGCACAUCCACGCCCAUCAACACGCGCAUUGAGCCGUACUACAGUAUUUACAACAGCAGUCCCUCUGCUGGACUCAGCUCGCCCACCAGCCUCCAGCCUGCCAGCUCACAGACGUUUGCCUUUGCCAAGUCCUAUGUAGCCAUGCACUACCACACUCACCAGGACACUCUACAGGACUUUGAGAGCACCUCCGUGCAACAGAUCCCCAUCCCCUCUGUCUGAACCAGUGUUGUGUUCUGAAAGGGGACCAAGCGUCAUUGCCACACAGCAAGAAGACCGUGUGUGUGUACUCGGGCCUUUUGGAUACAGUAUUUGCUUGGGUUGUGUCCAAAAACAUGUACAGAAUGUUAGCUCCAUGCAGUGGUUCCCAAACGUUUCGUGGCGUCACAGUUUUAUAGAUCAUACAAUUUCUCCUCACCCUGACACGUAUCUUUUCCUUAGUAACUUAAAAGGGACAUAUGAAGGAAAUGAAACCUUGUACACAAACAGGCCUCUGGAGGUUGAGCUAUCCAUAAAGUAGAAUAUUUCACCACUACGCAAAUCUUUUCACUGCUAUCUGGCGGAAACCUUGUAUGUCCAAAUACGGUCAGUUUCCAUUUCGUAUUUCUUCACAAAUAAUUCUCUGCUGUGUCCCAAUGUUUUCUGUUAAUGUUCCACAUUACCCACCAAUUUGAAGUUGCAAAUUUUGUAACUCUGUUGGACGCAAACUAUCUGAGAAGUAUUGUAAAACUGCCUAGUCAUCAUUCUGCUAUUAUGUCGCCUUAUUAGGGGAAGUCUGGAUUUUUUUUUUUUAGACAGCAAUUAGUCAAAAUAUGUUCGAUUUUGUAAGAAUGUUUUGUUACAAAUGGGUAGUUAGUUGUAAAGGCCUUGUCACACUGCACUUGUUUUUUUUGGCAGCUUGCAAGGAGGACAGCACAUGUGUAGCCGUCAAACAGGAAGUAAAGGGAUGUGUGAAGAGAUUUUUCGUUACAUUAUUUACACAAAUAUGGUCCAGUCCAAAAGUAUUGGAACCGCAACGUCAAUUCCUUUGUCAUUCUAUACUGAAGACAUUUAGAUUUAAGAUCAAAAGAUGAAUAAAUUCAGAAUUCCUGCUCAAGCCAGCCACUUUUAAAGUGAGCAAAAGUAUUGGAAGAUGUGACUUAAUAGGUGUUUUUAUUUAUUUAUUUAUUACUCUGGUGUUGCCUUUUAGAUGGAUUGCUUAAAAAAUGGAUUCCGUUUGUUUUUGGCUUUGGGUUUCACCUGGGGAAACUACAUUUGCUCCUAAUCCAACAUGAAGACCAGAGAGCGGUCUGUAGGAAGUCUUAGAGUGGACAAGUCAACCACCAAUGAAAACCAACGUCGUCAGCCCAUGUUUUUUUUUUUUACUGUGAUUUACUUUUGUGAAGUACUAAAAUUGUUUUAUGAUCACUGCAGACUUUGGUGGGCAUGGUUGUUGGUGACAACUUGUCAUUACUGUUUUUUUUUUUUUAAGUCAGUGAACAAUGUAAUAAUUUAGCAAUUGUACAUGAUUUGGAGGUGGUGUCGUAUUGAUGUUAGGUGCAAUGCUGUAUGAUAGCAAUAAGGCAUUAUACUACCUUGUUGCAUUUUCUACCUCAAGCAAAAUAAGAUGACGUUUUCCCAUUUCUUGAAAAGUAGCAGUUCUGGGGAAACAAGGAUUUCGCCCGACAGCAACAAAUUGUGAGGCCUCUACUUCCCAAAAUGCAUUUCAAUGUUGUGUUUGGCAAUGUUUCUGCUGCAAACAAACUGAACAACACACUAAUUGACAAAGGUAAUUUGGUGGCCUGGUGAUGAAUUUCCAUCACUGAAGAAUGAAACCAUAAUCCUUCUUUGUAUCUUUAUAUAAUAGGCACUCACUAUUUUUCACUUCACACUCUUGACUGCCACUUUCAGAAAUAUUUUAGUUGCAAGCCUUGUCAGAAGCCCCUAGCUCCAAGAGCUGAACGCAUUCUCACACAAAUGUUUUUAUUUGGAAACUAAGUUGUGGGGAAAAUGCACGAUGUGUAUCCUUUAAUAUUGUAACUGCCAAUGGGUUUUAUUUUCCACAAUAGACGAACAGAACGAGCUGUAUACCACCGGACAUCCUCUAGUUGUUAAAUUACUGAAUAUGCUACGCAAAAUUUGUUCAACAAAGAAAAAGUGUUCUGUGAUCUAAACUGUCUUAAUUAACUGAAUCAGUGAAUAAAAAGUGUCAUCCAAAUUGAAGUAAGAUACAAUUUGUGACCCAUGUUGAGAUCUGAAAUACCUUCGACAUUUGAGCUGAACACUCUGAUUUGUGUUCUGAUUCAAAGCCUUUAUUGAGUCUUUCGGGCCACCAAGCCCGAAACAUCGUAGUUUGGUAGACGAUCACAGACAGGGACUUUCAAAUCUGUGGGGGAGAGUUAAGCAGUCAAUGUUGUCAAGGUGAACAUUGCAACUCUGCAAUUAUAAAGGAUCAUGAUCACUCCUAGUUUCCCUAUUAUUCCGCUACUAUGACAUCUAGUGUAUAUUUGAAAGAAAUAUAACCACUUAGCCAAAGUAACUUGAUGGCAUUUUUUCAUUCAUACUUUGAACCCCAUCUUGCAGAACAAGGAAAAAUUGAGCUAACUGAAGACUAAAUUGGCCGAAUUAUGAAUAGAAGUGUAAAUUGAUUGUCAGCUUUGUGUUUGACAGGUGACAGAUUUACGAUCCAAAGGUGUUCCACUGUUCGUGAUUUUUUUUUUUUUUAGUCUUUACUGAUGAUCCCAUAAUGUAUGUGCUGUUACAACCUCAGCUGCAGCCUUUAGUGGCCCAUGCGGCACUUGAAGGUGUACCUAUUGUGUUUCAUUAUGUUUAGAACCUCAUAAACUUUUCAAGAAAUGUCUGGUAAGUGCAGUGUGACUUUGGUUGGUAAUACUGUAAUGUAAUUAAAUUGUUGUAAGGUUCGCACCUUUUGUAGUUGCUAUUUUGGUUUUCAUUAUACAGUACUUUCUCUACAUGCAUUUAUGUUUCAAAAGAUGAGCGUUGAACAUCAAAGAGGAAAAAAAAUAUGGGCGUUAAUUGUGACUACGUGCUUUCAAGACUAAAAUUUGCAUUGGGAAGCAUUUGAGAACUCGUUUCUUAUUGGAGUACAGUAUUGACAUUGGAAACAGCACCCCGUAGUGGUUUUGAAAGUUACCGCAUCAACUCUGGUAUAUCAGGUACAUUUAGUACGGUGGCUUGCAAGUGCCAAAAAAACAAACCAAAAAAAAAAAAAAAACAAAGACGAACCAAGCCACCGUAAUUUAGGGCAGUGAUUUCCAAUCUUUAUAGAGCCAAGGCACGUAUUUUACAAUUGAAAAAUCCCACGGCACACCAACAAAAGUAAAUGUCACCAUAAAUGGAUCGAUUAAUUACUGUAUGUACUUCCUGCCAUCUAAGAGGAUAUUUUUGUUGUGUGUCAUUGUGCCUCACUGGCAUAAAUAGAGGAAUAAAGAUACAUUAUUUCUUGGAAAUAUAAAUGUUUUUUUUUAGCAAUUACAUAAAAUUGGAUAAUUUCCCACGGCACACCUGAAGAGGGCUCACGGCACACUAAUGUACCCUGGCACACUGUUUGAGAAUCACUGAUUUAGGGUAUAUUCUUCCCACGGGGCUGAAAUUAAUGUUAAGAUUUAAUACAACAUAUAUAGACCAUUCUGUUUUUUUUUUUUUUAAAUAACAAAUGUGCUUAUUUCUACCCAACCUGAAGGACUUCCAUACUGCUAAUCUCUGUCAAUUUGUCGUACUGGAGUGCCUUCAACUACUGGAGAUGAAUUCCUUGUGUUUCGAUAUACUUGGCAGAAUAAAGAUGAUUCAUAUUUUCAGCUCCAGAAUUAAGACAAUACAAGUAGUGUAUUUUUUUUAUAGUGCAUGACCUCAACUAUAUCUUGAAAUUAUCUGUUUUUCAGUGGCAGAAGAUGUAAUCUCAUACCUAGCUUUACCUUGAUUUGAUCCAUUUAACUACAAGUUAACAUGGUGAAUGCAAACAUGCGAUGUCGCUCAUGUGUAACUGGUUUUGUCCCUGUGACAAAUUGCGUG